ACAGAGCUGCCAUGUCUGCCAAAACUGUCAGUGCCAGCAGUCAGAGCCCGGUGUUAUUUGACAGUGAGAAGGACUGGGACCGUGAGAAACAGCUGUAUGUUCAUUCAGUCAACAGACAUUUGAAGGAGCAUCAGCGAGCAGAAGAAGAUGUCAUGACUGAGCUGCAGAAUCUGAUGAACCAUGUGGCGGACCAGACACCAGGCACUGGCAGACGGUGGCAGCAUCCUUCUGAUUUUACUCGCAGGAACUAUGUAAGUCACUUUGGGAACCAAAUUCCAAAGGUGACCCUCCAGGAAUGGCAGGCCAAGAACUGUGCGAACAAACGAUUCGCCAAGGUCCCCAAGAUAUUUGAAAGGAGCCACGUCUAAAUUUGUUGAGGACGGUCUUCUAAACACUUGCACUUAAGAGGUCAGCAUGCUGGACUCAGUCCUGUUCUAAUGUUAUACCUAUAAAUGUUAGCAAUAUCAAUAUUAUAACGUGUCAGUGUU